GUUCCGCUCUCCCCAACCGGCUCGGCGGCGGGGCUUCCGGUCGGGAGGGUCCGCCAGCUGUCGCGCCUUUUGCCGGGUCCAGACAUCGGUUCCGUUGCAAACAUUUUUAAAGGGCUGGUUAUUCUUCGUGAAAUGAGUUUGGUGAUUAGAAACCUGCAGCGAGUCAUCCCCAUCAGGAGAGCGCCACUUCGCAGUAAGAUCGAGAUUGUAAGGAGGAUUUUAGGAGUGCAGAAAUUUGACCUGGGGAUCAUCUGUGUUGACAACAAGAAUAUUCAGCACAUUAAUAGAAUCUACAGAGGUAGAAACGUCCCAACCGAUGUGCUUUCUUUUCCAUUUCAUGAGCAUCUGAAAGCCGGUGAAUUUCCCCUGCCUGAAUUUCCAGAUGACUACAAUUUGGGAGACAUUUUCCUAGGGGUGGAGUAUAUCUUCCAUCAGUGUAAAGAAGAUGAAGAUUACAAUGACGUCCUGACUGUGACGGCCACCCACGGACUCUGUCACUUGCUGGGCUUCACACACAGCACGGAGGCGGAGUGGCAACAGCACGUCGGGUAUUUUUCAUAAUUGUAAAUAAGACGGUUCCGAGCCGUGGCAUCGAGAGGGCGUCCGGAGUUCCGGGAACGCGUGGCCCCCGCCUGGGAGCACCACGCAGCGCUCGCCUCUUACCCGUCCCUGCCCGGAGCCUGCGCCCUUCCCGGGGGUCCCUGCCCGGAGCCUGCGCCCUUCCCGGGGGUCCCUGCCCGGAGCCUGCGCCCUUCCCGGGGGUCCCUGCCCGGAGCCUGCGCCCUUCCCGGGGGUCCCUGCCCGGAGCCUGCGCCCUUCCCGGGGGUCCCUGCCCGGAGCCUGCGCCCUUCCCGGGGGUCCCUGCCCGGAGCCUGCGCCCUUCCCGGGGGUCCCUGCCCGGAGCCUGCGCCCUUCCCGGGGGUCCCUGCCCGGAGCCUGCGCCCUUCCCGGGGGUCCCUGCCCGGAGCCUGCGCCCUUCCCGGGGGUCCCUGCCCGGAGCCUGCGUCCUUCCCGGGGGUCCCUGCCCGGAGCCUGCGUCCUUCCCGGGGGUCCCUGCCCGGAGCCUGCGCCCCCGGAGAGGAAGGGGCUCGAGGGGUUUGGGUCCCGCAGCCCGUCCUUCCAUAGAAAAGGCUCUUGCGUCAGUAUUUCCUGCUUUACCUCCUGAGUAUUCGGAUAUUCGAGUAAACCCUGGCGUUUCAGCACCAGCGCACGCGGCUUCAUCAGGGCAGCGCGUCGCAAGGGCGCUGGUUCCCCCGGGCCUCCCGACCCGGCCCCCUGGCCACCGACACUGCUCUAGCCGGGCCAUGGGGAGGCCUCGGAGCAGCACCUCAGAGACCCUCGUGAGCCCUAAAAUCUGGGGCUACUAUUCUGAUCAUCUGUUUGUCCUGUAAAAUGAUUUAGGGUCAUGAAAAUGCCUUUCCACUGGACUUG